AUGUUCCUUGAAGUCCCUCACAUGUCCUUGCUUUCGCUAAGGAGGACAUCGCUACUUCAGUCACUAUGCCACGAGCCUCGCGGCCACGCCGACAUGUACGGAGGUUUCAUCACGCCACCUGAUGACUCUGGGGCUCAUUUUGGCGUCAUGUUCUGGCACAAAGACGGAUUCUCAACUGCAUGCGGGCACGGAACCAUCGCACUGGAGUACUGGGCUGUGACGAAGGGCCUUGUCGAAGCACCCAAAGGUGACGGGGUUGUCGACGUCGUCAUCGAUGUUCCAUCCGGGCGUGUGGUGGCCAGCGUCAGCGUCAAGGAGGGCAAGCCUGUCCAUGCCGACUUUGUCAAUGUGUUAAGCUACCAGCUUGUCAAGGACCUCGAGAUCAUAAUCCCGUCUCACGAUGCAACUAUCAACAUCGAUCUUGCCUUUGCUGGUGCUGUCUACGCUACGUUGGAUGCAUCUCAGUUCGGACUCGUGGUUGAGCCUAGUAGACACCAGGACUUCAUCAAGCUCGGUAGAGAGAUCAAGGCUUCCAUUGGCGAUAAGGCCAACUACGGCACCUACGACCUCUACGGCGUAAUCUUCUACAACGAAGAAGGCGAUGUCAACAAAGAGCGAGACGAAGUAAAACAGAGAAACGUCACCGUCUUUGCUGAUGGACAAAUCGAUCGCUCUCCCUGCGGUUCGGGUACCUGUGCAAGACUUGCGGUGCUGCUUGCGCAGAGCAGAAUAGCAGCAGGUCGCUCCAAGCUCACACAUCAGUCCAUCGUUUCUACCCGUUUUGAAGCUGAUAUUGUUGAUAUACACGAAACAAGUCCUGUGGAAGGCUUCCCGGCCUGUAUCCCUCGCGUCAGGGGACACGCAAAUCUGGUUGGGCGGAUGAACUUCUACAUCGAUCCUUCCGAUCCAGUUUACCCCGGUAUUCUCCUCCGGUAA